UUUUGUACCACAUGGCAUGGCUACACGAGAGUAGGAGUUGUGAGGAAGGACCAGGCUAACUAGUUAGUCAGUUCACAGGUUCUUAUAUCUAGUGGUCUAUAAGUAAAACACACAAGUAAGAAAAAUGUCACAGUUACAGGCGAGGUUCAUCACAGAGAACAAAAGAUAUGUUGUGGAUGAUGUCCCGUUCUCCAUCCCAGCUGACUCUGAAGUGCAGGACCUCAGUAAUAUCAUCAACAAGCUACUGGAGGAUAAAAAUGCAUCUCACAGCAAAGUGGACUUCGACUUCCUGAUCAGGGGUCAGUUCCUGCGAAUGCCAUUGUCCACUCAUGUGGAGACAGAAGGAAUAUCAACGGAAGAAGUGGUGGAGAUAGAGUAUGUUGAGCGAAUCACAGCCCCAGAGCCUGAGGAGUGCAUGAUGCACGAUGACUGGAUUAGCUCUGUAGAUGCAGACGCUGAAUGGAUCUUAACAGGGUCAUAUGACAAGACAGCCAGGAUCUGGUCUGUGGAGGGCAAAGCGAUGAUGACUGUGGCCGGACAUAGAGAUGUGGUGAAAGAUGUAGCCUGGAUUAAAAGAGAUGGUCUGACCUCUCUGCUUCUGACGGCCUCUCUGGACCAAACCAUCCUGCUCUGGGAGUGGAACUCCGAGAAGAGCAAGGUGAAAGCCAGGCACUGCUGUCGGGGACACACGGGGAGCAUUGACACUGUUGCCACAGACCCCAGUGGCUCAAAGUUCUGCAGUGGCUCCUGGGACAAAAUGUUGAAAAUUUGGUCAGCGGUGCCCACAGAUGAAUCAGAUGAGGUUGAGGACAUUUCUGACAGACCGAGGAAGAAACAGAAGACUCAGCAGUUGGGCCUGACCAGGACUCCCCUGAUGACAUUGUCUGGACAUAAUGAGGCUGUGUCCUCUGUCCUGUGGUGCGACAGUGAGGAGGUUUGCAGCGCAUCCUGGGACCACACCAUCCGUGUGUGGGAUGUUGAGACUGGAGGAAUGAAGACUACACUGACAGGUAGCAAAGUGUUUAACUGCAUUUCCUAUUCCUCUCUGUGUCGACGACUGGCCUCAGGCAGCAGCGACAGACACAUUCGACUGUGGGACCCUCGCACCAAAGAUGGGUCGCUGGUGCUGCUGUCUCUGACCUCGCACACUGGCUGGGUCACGGCUGUGAAGUGGGCACCUUCUCAUGAGUACCAGCUGGUCUCUGGUUCCCUUGACAACCUGGUGAAACUGUGGGACACCAGAAGCUGCAAGGCGCCUCUGUAUAACUUGGCAGCCCACGAGGACAAAGUGUUUUGUGUGGACUGGACAGAAAGCAGUCUGAUGUUGAGCGGAGGUGCGGAUAACAAGUUGUACACCUACAAAUACUCAUCCUGUCAGACAGAUGCGGGGGUGUAGGCUCAACUGCCAGCAUGGAUUGCAAAGAGAUCCCGCUCAUCCAUCAUCACAGACACCCAUGUGUUGUCAGUGUUUUCACAGGCAGACAAACACAGCAGUGGUUCAAAUUUUGUAAAGUACAAACUUUGCUUGUUUCACUGUUUUGGUUAUUUUUACCUCCUUGGUUACUUUCUUUAAUUUCCUGUAACCCAAGAAAACUAUAAAUUAAAUGUCUCCAAAAAUGUUGU